AUGACCCUGCUCAGCCUGACAAGGGCCCCUACUAGUAUUUCUGAGGGGCAGCCUCCAAAGGUGGCUCAUAGGCUGGUUCGGGGAGGAGGAUAUGGGGGUCUCAGGGAGCCCUGGCUUCUGUGUGCCCCCAGGUCCAACCGUGACUGCCAGAUCGACCAGCACCACCGGAACCAGUGCCAGUACUGCCGUCUCAAGAAGUGCUUCCGGGUGGGCAUGAGGAAGGAGGCUGUGCAGCGCGGCCGCAUCCCGCACUCGCUGCCUGGCGCCGUGGCCGCCUCCUCGGGCAGCCCCCCGGGCUCGGCGCUGGCGGCAGUGGCGAGCGGCGGAGACCUCUUCCCGGGGCAGCCGGUGUCCGAACUGAUCGCGCAGCUGCUGCGCGCUGAGCCCUACCCUGCGGCGGCCGGACGCUUCGGCGCAGGGGGCGGCGCGGCGGGCGCGGUGCUGGGCAUCGACAACGUGUGCGAGCUGGCAGCGCGGCUGCUCUUCAGCACCGUGGAGUGGGCGCGCCACGCGCCCUUUUUCCCCGAGCUGCCGGUGGCCGACCAGGUGGCGCUGCUGCGCCUGAGCUGGAGUGAGCUCUUCGUGCUGAACGCGGCGCAGGCGGCGCUGCCCCUGCACACGGCGCCGCUACUGGCCGCCGCCGGUCUCCACGCCGCGCCCAUGGCCGCCGAGCGCGCCGUGGCCUUCAUGGACCAGGUGCGCGCCUUCCAGGAGCAGGUGGACAAGCUGGGCCGCCUGCAGGUCGACUCUGCUGAGUACGGCUGCCUCAAGGCCAUCGCGCUCUUCACGCCCGACGCCUGUGGCCUCUCAGACCCAGCCCACGUGGAGAGCCUGCAGGAGAAGGCACAGGUGGCCCUCACCGAGUAUGUGCGGGCGCAGUACCCGUCCCAGCCCCAGCGCUUUGGGCGCCUGCUGCUGCGGCUCCCUGCUCUGCGCGCGGUCCCUGCCUCCCUCAUCUCCCAGCUGUUCUUCAUGCGCUUGGUGGGGAAGACACCCAUUGAGACACUGAUCAGAGACAUGCUGCUGUCGGGGAGUACCUUCAACUGGCCCUACGGCUCGGGCCAGUGACCAUGACGGGGCCACGUGUGCUGUGGCCAGGCCUGCAGACAGACCUCAAGGGACAGGGAAUGCUGAGGCCUCGAGGGGCCUCCCGGGGCCCAGGACUCUGGCUUCUCUCCUCAGACUUCUAUUUUUUAAAGACUGUGAAAUGUUUGUCUUUUCUGUUUUUUAAAUGAUCAUGAAACCAAAAAGAGACUGAUCAUCCAGGCCUCAGCCUCAUUCUCCCCAGGACUGCUGGCCAGGAUGGAGGGUCCAAUCCUAGGACAGCCUUGUCCCUCAGCACCCCAAGCAUGAACUUGUGGGAUGGUGGGGUUGGCUUCCCUGGCAUGAUGGACAAAGGCCUGGCGUCGGCCAGAGGGGCUGCUCCAGUGGGCAGGGGUAGCUAGCGUGUGCCAGGCAGAUCCUCUGGACACGUAACCUAUGUCAGACACUACAUGAUGACUCAAGGCCAAUAAUAAAGACAUUUCCUACCUGCACA